GACGGCGGAGCACCCCAGGAGCCUUCACUAGCCACAAAAAGGGAAGGCGAAUCAUUCGGUGGAUUAUCAGGCAUGCUACGCCAGAUUCUAUCGCCAUCCCCAGAAACUGGUGACGGCUCAUUCGCUGGCUAUUGCAGCCUGAUCCAGCCAGGAAUCUACAACAGUUAUCCGAGCAUGUUAUCCCCAACGAUUCAACACAUUGUACCCACAUCAUCCUAUCACCAUCCAACCCACUCCACCUCUCUGAUAUCCCUGGAGCAACCAACCCUGGAUCACCUGGAGAUUCACGUUGAGACCCACCAGUGUCCCAACUGUGGCCUGGACUUUCGUAGUGUACCAAAGCUCAAUUAUCACAUCAGAAUGUGCCAUCAAAUAAUACCAAAACAGGAUAACAAUCAGAUAAAAUACACGUGCACAUACUGCGGUCGUGGAUUUCCAUGUUUGAGUCACCUGAGAAUGCACGAGGUGACCCACACAAAUCCCCAACAAAUAGCCCAGAGCAACAUAUUGAACAAUCAAUCAAUCAAUCAGAUGAUGACAAACGAUCAGAAUGAUCAGCCAUUCAGAUGUGACAAGUGUCAGGCGUCAUUCAGAUACAGAACACUUCUGGAUCGUCACAAGAAGAUGCACACGACUGGUCAGGAUAAACCCUACGUGUGUCCACGCUGUCCAAUGCGUUUUGAAACGCGAACCCUUUACAAUCAUCACGCUAAAACUCACAAGCAGGGAACAACAACCGGUGGAACAAUUGGACAGAUGCAACAAUCUAUGCCAGCACCACAAAUUGAUAAACCUCUUGAUCCACCUGUAUCCUAUCCCUGUGACUCCUGCACCAAACAAUUCCUCACUAUCGAGUCCCUAACAAGUCAUAAGGCUGUUCACAGGUCUAGGCCACUUGUUUGCGAUGUAUGUGGCAAAGGUUUCACACAUCGCAAGUACUACGUUGUACAUCAGCGUAUUCACACCGGGGAGAGGCCCUAUCUCUGCGCAAUGUGUGGUAAAUCAUUCACACAGGCAUCAACCCUCACUGUACAUCGACGUUAUCACACGGGUGAACGACCCUACACCUGUACACUUUGUGGAAAGGGUUUUGUAACUCGUACGAUUAUGCUCAAUCACAUGAAAAAACACUGAGGUGUGUGUGGGUAGGGGUGUGGGGGGCGAAAAUGAUAAUUGUAUUCGUUCAUUCUAUUGGUGAGCUCAAUGUCACGUUAUCGCUGUGAUAAUUGUUAAGUAUUCGGGGGAAGUGAUUUUAACAAAAAAAAAAAUGGUAAGAUUUGUUUAUUACUGAACCACUGGAAAUGUGCCUUUUACCAAAGAGUAAAUACCUCUUUCAUUAGGUUAUCGUGCCUUGAUGUUGAAAUUAAUCCAGGCGAAUUAUAUGAGAGAACGUUUAGAGUAAUUAGGGCUCAAUAAAUCGAGUUGCCAAAAAUUGGCAGUAGCCGCUGUAAUGAUUAAUGAGUUAACUAUGAUGUGAUAAUUUUAGUGCAAUCAUAUGAAAAAGUAAAAAAAAAAAGCAAAUCGGUGUACAACGUAUUCAAUAACUCAAUGUUGAUGAUAUUCAAUGUAAAUUUAUCGUGAACGUAACGUAUCGGUCGUUAUCAAUUUUUCUCUUGCUCAUUGAAUAAUUGACGAAGCUCAAUAAAGUAAAAUAAAGUUGG